AUGGGAGAAGGCGAUCCAUCUGCCCACCAGACACAUAAGCCUCCUCAAUCGUCAACCUCGGCUGCGGGCGCUCAGGCGACCGCCGCACCGCCUACAACCACCCAGCUGGGUCAGGCUCCGACCGCGGGUAGUAAGGGACAGGCCUCGUAUAGCAUUGGUCGUAAGACCACGAAGGGCAAGGGCAAAUGGACGGCGAACAGCAUGAUUGCUGGUGCUGGAGGCGGCCUCGUAGCUAGCAUCGCGACCUGCCCGCUGGAUGUGGUCAAGACGAAGCUGCAGGCUCAACGCGCGAUAGUAGGUCAGGAAGGCUACUAUGGGGUUCUUGGCACCGUGAAGAACAUCCUCACUGAGAAUGGCAUUCGCGGCAUGUAUCGCGGGUUGGGGCCCACGAUCCUGGGCUACCUACCAACGUGGGCUAUUUAUUUCGCUGUUUAUGACGGGAUCAAGACGGUUUUCGGCGAGCCGCCUACGAGCUUUGGAGGAAUGUCGCAGAAGCAGAAUGAACGCCUGUACCCGGCGGCCCAGGUCAAGGGAUACCAACCUGUUAUGCGUGAGCAUCCGUGGUCGUUACACAUCCUGUCGGCGAUGACCGCGGGCGCUGCGAGUACCAUAUGCACCAACCCGCUCUGGGUGAUCAAAACUCGAUUUAUGACACAGACGCGCGACGAAGUCCGAUACAGACAUACCCUAGAUGCUGCCAUAACGAUUUGGAAAUCAGAAGGCGUGAAGGCGUUUUAUCGCGGCCUUCUCCCGAGUUUAUUGGGAAUCCUCCACGUCGCGGUCCAGUUCCCUCUCUACGAGCAGCUGAAGAUUCUAGCCCAAGGCGACUCUGAUGCACCAUUAUCAUCCGAAGCUAUUCUUGGGUGCUCAGCAAUCUCCAAAAUGACGGCCUCGAUCGCGACCUACCCACAUGAGGUGGUACGAACACGACUCCAGACACAGCGUCGGCCACUCGCGGACGAGAUGUCGUCAGAUGGGAUGGUCAAACAAUAUAAACGGGGCGGGGUGAUCUACACGACAAAGAAACUUAUACGCAAAGAGGGCUGGUCAGGUCUUUAUAAAGGGCUUUCGGUUAAUCUGAUCAGAACAGUGCCUAAUAGUGCGGUGACGAUGCUGACGUACGAACUGCUAAUGAGACAUCUCUCGAAGCGGACUCGUCCUGACGAUACAUAA